AUGGUCAGGCUGGUGCUGCCCAACCCUGGCCUGGAGGCCCGGAUCCCCACGCUGGAUGAGCUGGAGAGCCUCGAGAAGCAGGAGAGCGGCUCCCGGCCCAAGUGGGACAACAAGGCACAGUACAUGCUCACCUGCGUGGGCUUCUGCGUUGGCCUGGGCAACGUGUGGCGCUUCCCCUACCUGUGCCAGAGCCACGGAGGAGGGGCGUUCAUGAUCCCGUUCCUCAUCCUGCUGGUCCUGGAGGGGAUCCCCCUGCUGCACCUGGAGUUUGCCAUCGGGCAGCGGCUGCGGAAGGGGAGCGUGGGCGUCUGGACCACCAUCCACCCGGCCCUCAAGGGCGUAGGCAUCGCGUCCAUGUUCGUGUCCUUCAUGGUGGGCCUCUACUACAACACCAUCAUCGCCUGGGUCAUGUGGUACUUCUUUAACUCCUUCCAGGACCCCCUGCCGUGGAGCCAGUGCCCACUCAAUGCUAACCAGACAGGCUACGUGGAGGAGUGUGCCCGCAGCUCCCCCGUGGACUACUACUGGUACCGGGAAACCCUCAACAUCUCCACCUCCAUCGACGACUCGGGCUCCGUGCAGUGGUGGGUCCUGCUGUGCCUGACGUGCGCCUGGAGCGUGCUCUAUGUGUGCACCAUCCGCGGGAUCGAGACCACCGGGAAGGCUGUGUACAUCACGUCCACUCUGCCCUACGUGGUCCUGACCAUCUUCCUGAUCCGGGGCCUGACGCUGAAGGGGGCUUCCAGUGGCAUCGUCUUCCUCUUCACGCCCAACGUCACGGAGUUGGCCAACCCGGUCACCUGGCUGGACGCGGGGGCCCAGGUCUUCUAUUCCUUCUCGCUGGCCUUUGGGGGCCUCAUCUCCUUCUCCAGCUACAACUCUGUCCACAACAAUUGCGAGAUGGAUUCGGUCAUUGUGUCUGUGAUCAACGGCUUCACGUCCGUGUACGCGGCCACCGUGGUCUACUCCAUCAUCGGCUUCCGUGCCACCGAGCGCUUCGAUGACUGCUUCAGCACGAACAUCCUGACGCUCAUCAAUGGGUUCGACCUGCCCGAAGGCAACGUGACACAGGAGAACUUCGCGGAGAUGCAGCAGUGGUGCAACGUCUCCAACCCCGUGGCCUACGCAGAGCUCAAGUUCCAGACGUGCGACAUGAACACCUUCCUCUCGGAGGGCGUGGAGGGCACCGGGCUGGCCUUCAUCGUCUUCACCGAGGCCAUCACCAAGAUGCCGGUGGCCCCGCUCUGGUCCGUGCUCUUCUUCAUCAUGCUCUUCUGUCUGGGCCUGUCGUCCAUGUUCGGGAACAUGGAGGGUGUGGUGGUGCCCCUGCAGGACCUCAAGGUCAUCCCCAAAAACUGGCCCAAGGAGCUGCUCACAGGCCUCAUCUGCCUGGGGACGUAUCUCCUCGCCUUCAUCUUCACGCUGAACUCCGGCCAGUACUGGCUGUCUCUGCUGGACAGGUACGCGGGCUCCAUCCCCCUGCUCAUCGUUGCCUUCUUCGAGAUGUUCUCCGUCGUCUACGUGUACGGUGUGGACAGGUUCAACAGGGACAUCGAGUUUAUGAUCGGCCACAAGCCCAACAUCUUCUGGCAGGUCACGUGGAGAGUGGUGAGCCCCCUGCUCAUGCUGACCAUCUUCCUGUUCUUCUUCGUGAUCAGUGUCAAUGAGGAGCUGAUCUACAGCGUCUGGAACCCGGCCUACGAGGAAUUUCCCAAAUCCCAGAAAUCCAAGUACCCGAACUGGGUGUACGGCGUGGUGGUCGUCGUGGCUGGGGUGCCCUGCCUUGCCAUCCCUGGCCUCGCCAUCUACAGGUUCAUCAGGAGCCGCUUCCAGAGGGCAGGGGACCAGCAGGGGCUGGUUGGCGCGCUGUCCACGGUCUCGGUGAACGGGGACCUGAAGUCCUGA